AUGAAUGAAAGCGAAAACAAGCUGCCUCUUAUUCCUUUAAAAGAAUCGAAACAUUUUACAUGCAGUGAUGGAGAUGAUGAUGAAGAGAAUGACACGAUAAAUCUUGAAAACAAUUCUAAUGAUUUAGUAAAUGGAUUUCAAAAUUUUUUAAUAAGUAAUGGUUCUAAUAAUGGAUCAUGUAAAGGUACCAAAACUAAGAAAGAUGAUGCUUUAAUAAGAAAAGAAAAUUAUCGUAAUUUAAAUUUAUUAAAAAAAAAGAAGAAUUUUAUAAGAAAGGAUGCAUAUGGAAGUAAUAAUUUAGUGUUAGGUGGUUUAAGAAAUAAUAGUAAAAAAUUAAGUAUGAAAAGAAAAUUUUUAUGGAAUUGUAUAGAUCAGAAUACAAAUGUAUCUGAAUUAUCUUAUAUUAAAGAUUUCGAAAAUAAUAAUUCAUUUCUUCAUGAAAAUAAUGGACAUCAUCUGGUUUUGUAUGAUAAUAAAUUUAGAGAUUAUUAUCCAAGAUAUAUAAAAGAAGAACGUGGAGAUAGAAUACGUAACUUUUUUGUAUACUCACCUGAUAUUAUACAAAGAUGGAUAAGAGUAAUAUUUAAUAUUAUUAUAACAUCAUUAAUAGUAACAUUAAUUUAUUAUAUAUUUAUAUCUGUAAGAGAAGAUAUAAAUAAAAAAGUAGCUAUACAAGUUCAAAAUGUAAAAGAAGAAUCAAAUUCUUGUAGAAAACAAUAUAAUGCUCAUAAAUGUGGUACUGUAAAUUUACCUUUAUUAAAUGAAAAAUGUGAAGAAUGGGCUAAAUGUAUGAAAACUGAUCAUAAAUUAUAUCAAGAUAUAUCCUUUUUAUCUGCUCAAAUGUUAGGACAAAUUAUUAAUACAUUUAUUGUACAAUUUGAAUGGAAAAGUAUAUGUGUAAUUGCUUUUAUAUUUCUUUUAAUUUUUAUUGGUAGUAAUUAUGCUUUAUCUAUCGGAGGUUAUAGAUCUAAUAAUGAUUAUAAUUCUACAUAUCCAAAUUUAAAUAAUAAUUAUAAUAAUCUUAAUAACAAUAAUAAUAUGUCUCCUUAUCCUUGUUAUCCUUUCUAUCCUAUAAUGCCACAACCAUUUAAUUAUAAUAAUUCAGGAAAUCCAAGUAUUGACAUCCCUCUUAUGAAUUGUAUGUCAUCUCAAAAUAAAUUUUAUAGAAAUAGUAGCUUUAAUAGAAAUCCUUAUACUAAUAAUUUCAUGAAUAAUUUUCAUCAUAAUUUAAAUGAAAAUGAUAUGGGCACACAUUCGCCUCCAAGAAAUAAAGACUUUAACGAGACAUACAGCUCUUCAAAAAAAGAUCAAAAGAGAAGUUCAAAAAAAUUGGGAUUCUUAAAAUAUCUCUCAAGGGAUUAA